UAGCCGCAUAAGUGUCGGCACUUCCACUUUCCCCUUCACUCGUCUUCUCACAAGCGCCCUAGCCAUGCUCAAAGCAAAACAAGCAAAAAUCUACAUCCCAUCCAACUCUUCUGAUCUCCGGCCGGCGAACUCUUGCUUCUCGACGUUGCUCGCAGUAGCUGGAGUAUCCGUCCUGGCGCGAGCGUGAGGAUCCUGGCGGCGUUGUCGUCCCCAAGCGCGCCAUCGGGACGGGUCGUCCUUUUCCCCGAGCGAGGCAACCGGAUUCGACAUCGCAUUCUUCCAUCUGCAGUUCCUCUUUCUCCCCUUGCUCUAGCUGGCUUUGCAGGGCAGUGGAUUGGAGCGACCCAUUGGCCAUGCUGUAAAUUCAUCGUGCCUCUUUAUCAGGCUAUGAGAUCUGGAUCUCAGAGUUGAAUCUGGCCCCUGUUUCCCGUGCAAAGCUGCACAUCAGUAUCUCGAGUUGCAAAACCUAGAGCACGAGUGGCAGAGGACAAGACCAGUACCAUGUGGAACAAGGUAGAUCUCAAAAGUGACCAGCCAUGUAAGCUAUCAUACCAAUUCAUAAAACAGGUUACAAAUGAUUACGACCAGGAGCUAGUAGUUGGCAGUGGUACAUUCGGAACAGUGUACAAGGUCCACUUGGCAUCCCACAUCGACCGUUUUUUCCUGCCUAUUUUCUUCCUGCUGGACCGGUCCUCCCAGCUUCUCCUUGACCGGGAACAGGACCGGCCCGAUGGAGGUCGCUCGCGUCGCAUCCAACGCACAACGCCCGAGUCGGCCGUGGGCCACGCUUGCCUCCAGUCGGUUCUUGCUUGUGUUGCCUGUCCCCUAUCGAUUGCAUCGCCCGUCUAGGUUUCCAACCCACACACAUGCUAGGCUUGCUCGAACCUUGGGUUGGGGAUUGUCAGGCAGCGGUGAUGAUGACGGAGGUGGCGGCGAUGAGUGCUGAGCGGCCAGCCAUGCGAUUUCAUACCUCCUCGAGCAGGGUUGUAUGGCCGCGGCAUCCAAGCAAGAAAUGACCCCGUGGAAUCCGAUGGCUCCGUCAAGCUCGCCGACGUUGGCAUAGGCGCGUCCUUGUACAUGAUCCCAUCAGGCUGUGACCAGUUCAUCUUACUACUUUGGCGACAUAGCAGGGACCCCAUGAGGAUGUGCUCAGUUGAUGGCGGGGCUAUGGCGAUGGCUGGUCCAACAAAUUAAUGAGGGUAUUUGUGAAAAUCGACAAGAAAUUGCUGUGAAGGUACUUAGGAACAUCAUAGAGAUUGAUAAUAAGGAUUUCCAAAAGGAGUUCCAGAACCUUAGGAGGCUAAAGCAUCAAAAUGUUGUUCGGCUACUAGGUUUCUGCAAUGAAACAGAGAAAGUACUUGUAGCAUGUAAUCGGAACCAAGUUGUUGCUGACAAGAUGCAUAAGGCGCUUGUCUUCGAGUAUGUACGCAAUGGUAGCCUUGGCAAUCAUAUUUCUGCUCAUGGAUGCUCAGGAUUUAUUUGGCAUAUACAUUACAAAAUAAUAAAGGGGAUCUGCCUGGGUUUAAACUAUCUUCAGAAUGGAUUCGAGCUUUCAAUAUGGCAUUUGGACUUAAAACCUGAGAAUAUAUUGCUAGGUAAAAAUAUGAUUCCGAAAAUUGCAGAUUUCGGAUUAUCAAGACUCUUAGGCGAUGAAAACACAAGAAAGACAAUCAACGCCGUUGGUACACGUGGUUACUUGCCCCCAGAGUAUAUAGACCAAGGUCCACUCUCAAAAAAGUUUGAUAUAUUUAGUUUGGGUGUUAUAAUUGCAAAGUUAAUGGCCGGAACUGAUGACUACUUCAAGGCUCAUGAGAUGGGAGAAAAAGGAUUUGUCAACCAUGUAAUUGACAAAUGGAGGAAAAGACUACGUGCAACAUUGACCGAUAGGCCACUCGAAGUAUAUUGCGAACAGGUCAGGAUAUGCAUCCAGAUAGCAGUAAAAUGCAUGAAUUAUGAGCGAGAGGAAAGACCCACUAGACAGUCCAUUGUCUCUGAUCUGAUAGAGACGGAAACAAUGAUAGGCAGCCUAGGGCUGGAGACAGAACAGGACCGAAAGAGGUGGGGUACCGGAGGUCUACUGUCCCCACAUGUGAUGCACACCGCAAGCCGGGAUGGGAAAGAACCUUGAAGUGGCUCGGAGGUUGGAACUCGGUGAUGAGAGGAGGAUGAAGUUCUGAUGUGUCUCUCUGGAGAUGAGCGACUUUUCUUUUAUAGGCACAGGAGAAGGAGGCAAACAGGCUGCGACAGGAGGUGAAGCAAAAGAGGAAGACGAAGCGAACAACAUGGAGCCGAAGAGGUGCACCGUUCGGAUUCAAUCUCCACUACAACAAAACAUUUCAGCUCCCGCGUGACCAUUCAUACACCCAUUGUGUGUGGCAAAAAUUUAGACAUCGGCUUGGCUCAUUCACGCAACCCGCGGCGCUUCGUGAUGAGGCGUGUCAUUGCGAGGCGGUGGCAGAGGAGGAGCGCGUGUGAAUGUCCCUCUUAUUCUCAUGCUCAUACACGUGGGAAACAACCACCCUUAUAAGGAAGUUCAACGCCUAUGAAAUUAGCAAUGUGGACUAAAAUUUAGUAGUACCCCUUGCCUUGCACGAAUGGGCUAAGUGGACCUUAAGAAUUUAUUAGGAAUUUCUAAAAUUGCUAUUGGAUUGUCCCAAAAUAGACUAAAUUCCAGCAAUCCCCCAUCAGAUCCCAGAGGCACACAAAAUUUACCUUUGAUUCCAAAACUCUGUUUUAUAUACUGAUACUACAGUAGAGACUGUUAGGCUGAACUUCCAUCUAGAACUCUAUACUACACUAAUAAGCAACUUCACAGUGGAGUGGGUCUUGAACUACAAGUUUCCUGUGAAUCUAGCUUCACACAAAGCCUUGAUCGAUACUAGGCUAUCGUGGGUCUUCCCUGCGGGUGGAGCUUAUGCGUCAUACUCCGAGACCUUUCAUGAGUUUACUAGAGAGCACCCUACUCUUAUAGAUUGCG